UACAAACAGCAGCAACAAAAUGAAAUUCUUCAUUCUUUUCUUCGCUUUGAUCGCCAUCGUUGCGGCUCAACGUGGACACGGCCAGCAGAGUGGAUACGGUCAGCAAGGAUCGGGACACGGCCAGCAAGGAUUUGGUGGUCAAGGCGGACACGGCCAGCAAGGAUUUGGUGGUCAAGGUGGACGCGGCCAGCAGGAAGGAUUCGGUCAAGGUGGCCACCAGGGAGGAUUCGGUCAAGGUGGUCAGCAGGGAUUUGGUCAAGGUGGACGUGGCCAGGGAGGCUUUGGACAGAACAAUUUGGGUCACGGAGGACAUGGCCAACGUUAUUAAACUGCUAAAAUAAAAUAAUAAGAAAAUCUAACAAUUUA